UGCAUAGACAGAGCGACUCAAGAAACUAAAAUGAAGAGAGCUGCGGCGGAACUAGCUAAAAUCCGUUCGCAGCUUACUAAGUCUAGUUUACUAUUCUUUCUAUACGUCAUCUACUUCUUGUUCUUCUCCUUUUUAGGGUUCUUGGCACUUAGACUUACAAAGCCAAGAGUCUCUUCACGUCCUCAUGACUUGGACCUCUUCUUCACUUCUGUCUCGGCCAUUAACAUCUCUUCCAUGUCCACUGUUGAAAUGGAAGUUUUCUCCAAUACACAACUUAUCAUCCUCACUACCCUUAUGUUAUUAGGAGGCGAGAUCUUCACUUCCUUUCUCAGCCUCUACGUUUCCCAUUUCACCAAGUUCGUCUUACCUCAUAGCAAGAUUAGACAUCUUCUGGCCUCUUUUAUUUAUUUGGACCGUCCGGUCGAAGAUGGCCGUAGUGACCUCGAGACUGUAGUAGAUCAUUGUGAGGUUAAUCUUACCAAGAUCGAUGAAAGGGCUUCUAAGUGCUUGUACUAUGUGGUUCUUAGUUACCAUCUUGUAUCAACCCUAGCUGGCUCUGUGUUGCUUCUUGUGUACGUAAACUUUGUUAAAUCUGCGGGAGAUGUUCUUAGUUCCAAAGGAAUCUCACCUCUCACCUUCUCCGUCUUCACCACUGUCUCCACGUUUGCAAACUGCGGAUUUCUCCCCACGAAUGAGAACAUGGUCAUCUUUCGCAAGAACUCUGGUCUCCUCUGGCUCUUAAUCCCUCAAGUACUAAUGGGAAACACAUUGUUCCCUUGUUUCUUGGUGUUGUUCAUUUGGGGACUUUACAAGAUCACAAAGCGAGAAGAGUUUAGUUACAUUCUCAAGAACCACAAAAAGAUGGGAUACUCUCAUCUAUUCUCCGUUCGUGUAUGUGUUCUUCUUGGAUUGACAGUGUUAGGGUUUCUAAUGGUACAGCUUCUUCUCUUUGCCACCUCUGAGUGGAGCUCCAAGUCUCUCGAAGGAAUGAGUUCGUACGAGAAGUUGGUUGGAUCGUUGUUUCAAGUGGUGAAUUCGAGACACGCCGGGGAAAGCAUUGUCGACCUCUCUACACUUUCUCCAGCUAUCUUGAUACUCUUCAUAGUUAUGAUGUAUCUUCCUCCAUACACGUUACUUAUGCCGUUGACAGAACAAAAGACGAUAAAGAAAGAAGAAGAUGAUGAUUCCGGAAAUAGAAAGAACGUGAUGAAGAGUGGGCUGUUCAUGUCACAACUUUCCUUUUUGACGAUUUGCAUAUUUCUCAUUUCAAUCACCGAAAGGCAAAAACUAAGAAGAGAUCCACUCAACUUCAACGUCUUUAACAUUACUCUAGAAGUCAUCAGUGCAUAUGGAAACGUUGGUUUCACGACCGGAUAUAGCUGUGAACGGCGUCUGAACGUCAGCGACGGUGGCUGCGAAGACGCGAGUUAUGGAUUCGCAGGACGAUGGAGUCCAACCGGAAAAUUUGUACUAAUACUAGUAAUGUUUUAUGGAAGGUUUAAGCAGUUCACAGCCAAAUCUGGCCGAGCUUGGGUACUUUAUCCUUCCUAGCUCUUCCUAACAUUUAUCCAUAUCUAAUAAAUGUAUGAUAAAAAUUAGGCUCGUAUGUCGCGUUGAUUAGUAUUUCUUCUUUUUGUGCGUGAUGUAUUAUAAGUUUGUAUAAUGUAGUUUUGCAUCCAUCAUUAUUAUAGUAACAUUUUAAUUAUGAGUUUAUUUUCAAG